AUGGCUCAAUUGGUAGAGCGAUCGGCUGCUGUUGGGAAGGUCAGGGGAUCGACUCCCGAACCGAAAAACUUCCAAAAUUUUCUGAGAAAUGGCCAUUUUUUGAGUCGACUUGACGUGCAUCAUUUCCAGGUCAAAAAAGAUGACGUCAUGGCUCAGUCGGUAGAGCGAUUGACUGCUGUUGGAGAGGUCAAGGGAUCGAUUCCCGGAUCGAAGAACUUUUAAAAUUUGCUGGGCAAUUUUUGAGAUGACUUGACGUGCACCAUCUCCAAGUCAAAAAAGAUGACGCCAUGGCUCAGUUGGUAGAGCGAUUGGCUGCUGUUGGGAAGGUCAGGGGAUCGACUCCCGAACCGAAAAACUUCCAAAUUUGCUGGUCAUUUUUUGACUCGACUUGACGUGCAUCAUUUCCAGGUCAAAAAAGAUGACGCCAUGGCUCAGUUGGUAGAGCGAUUGGCUGCUGUUGGGAAGGUCAGGGGAUCGACUCCCGAACCGAAAAACUUCCAAAUUUGCUGGUCAUUUUUUGACUCGACUUGACGUGCAUCAUUUCCAGGUCAAAAAAGAUGACGCCAUGGCUCAGUUGGUAGAGCGAUUGGCUGCUGUUGGGAAGGUCAGGGGAUCGACUCCCGAACCGAAAAACUUCCAAAUUUGCUGGUCAUUUUUUGACUCGACUUGACGUGCAUCAUUUCCAGGUCAAAAAAGAUGACGCCAUGGCUCAGUUGGUAGAGCGAUUGGCUGCUGUUGGGAAGGUCAGGGGAUCGACUCCCGAACCGAAAAACUUCCAAAAUUUUCUGAGAAAUGGCCAUUUUUUGAGUCGACUUGACGUGCAUCAUUUCCAGGUCAAAAAAGAUGACGUCAUGGCUCAGUCGGUAGAGCGAUUGACUGUUGUUGGGAAGGUCAGGGGAUCGACUCCCGAACCGAAAAACUUCCAAAUUUGCUGGUCAUUUUUUGACUCGACUUGACGUGCAUCGUUUCUAGGUCAAAAAAAGAUGACGUCAUGGUUCAAUCGGUAGAGCGAUUGGCUGCUGUUGGGAAGGUCAGGGGAUCGAUUCCUGGACCGAAAAAGUUCCAAAAUUUUCUGAGAAAUGGCCAUUUUUUGCCUCGACUUGACGUGCACCAUCUCCAGGUCAAAAAAGAUGACGUCAUGGCUCAGUCGGUAGAGCGAUUGACUGUUGUUGGGAAGGUCAGGGGAUCGGUUCCCGGACAGGUUUUAAGACCAUUUUUGCCGUCCUUUUUUUCUAACCUUUUUUUCGUCAAAAGGUGUCAUGACCCUACGAGGAUAUGAGACAUCAAACAGGGUUCUUUGAAAAACCAACAGGUGUUCCGCUCAAUAAGUUUACCCACGAACGUUUCUUAUCAUAAAAAGGCAACACGUGGUACAAAUUUGAUUUCUCGAUCUUUGGAAUAAAUUUAAAAGCUUUCAAGAAAUAUGGUCUCACUUGCAAGUAAAAAAAUAUGAAAAUUACUUUUUUUAAAAAAAUGGCAAGAAACUGGUACGGAAUCGAUCCCGUGGCCUUCAGAUUGGACUCUAAAAUCUAUCCGACUGAGCUAUUAAUCCUCAAAGAGAUUCAUUUAAACAAACUUGAGAAAAUGGCAAAAAUUUUUACAGCGGAGUCGAACCUGUGACCUCUGGAGCAAGCUUGGAAAAGCAACCAACUGAUCUAUAUAACCAUUCGAUUCCUAGUGCAAACGCUCUAGCUAGAAGUCAGAAAAUAGCAAAAAAUGUGCAAGAAAAAUUGAACCUUGAUCCUCAAAUUGAGGGUCAAGAAUCUAACCAACUGAGCUACCAAUUCAAUCAACCCCCAAGUGCAAGAGACCUACACAAACUCAAGCUUUAAAAAAGCAAAAAUUUGUCGAAAAUCGGGUAGAGUUGAUCCUGGGACUGUCAGAUACAAGAUAAAAAUCUAACCAACUGAGCCAUCGAUUCAAUCAACCGCCAAGUGCAAGAGAUCUACACAGUCAAUAGCUUUGAAAAAGCAAAAAUCUGUCGAAAACUAGGAAGAUUUGAUCCAGAGACCUUCGGAUCCAAGAUAAAAAUCUAAUCAACUGAGCUAUCCACCCCAUCAUCUCCCGUACACAGAUUCUCUACAUAACUUGCAAUUUUCGAAAAUACAAAAAGAGUUUCUUUUUCAAUAUUGACUCACCUAUGACAUCCUUCUCACAAUAAGAAAGUUGAAAAUUAAUUCUUUGCAGAACUCAUUUUAUUUCACGCGUUCCUGCGCCUUUAAAGGUUGACAAAGGCGGUCGACUGUGACAAUUUGUUUCAUUUGUCAUUUUCGCAACACAAUAUUAUUUUUUAAUCACUUGAGUGGGUGGAUCAAAUUUUGCAAAACUUCAAAACGAGCCCAGGAAUCGAACCAUCGACCUUUUCCAUCUUAUUCAAAGCUUUUACCGACUGAGCCACGAUCUUCUCGAGAUUUCAACUUUCAAACCAAAGAAGAGAAUAAAGAAAUGCAUUUUGAAACAAUUUCUCUGUUUCUCUGCGUCUCUCAUUUCUCAAAAGUAUUUUUUCCUACUUAAGAUCGCCAGAGUGGUCCCUAGAGGGGUUAAGAAGUACCAACAGGAAACAAUAUAGUGACCCCUAGAGGACUAAGUGGUCCCUAUAGGAAUGUAGGGUCUGUCUUUGAACCCCUAAAGCUCAAGUGGUCCUUCUAGGGGUUUUUCAAUUUUUGUAAUGAUUUUAAAGAUAGAAAGGCGUACAAUGUUCAUGCUCCCCUAGAGUGACCACUUCAGUGCCUUUUAGGGGGAGACAAAGUGGUCCCUAAAGGGAACUUUCAAGAACUCGCUGCCCCUAUAGAGAUCACUCUGGCGCUUCACAGCACUUUCACACUUUUUAUUUCAUUUUUUUUUCCAAUCAUCUCGAAAUUCAUUAAUCAUUCAUAGAACAAAAAAUGUUCCUACUAAAAUAAGUGAGUCUAAAAGGCAACUCAAAUAAGUCAUCCAUUUUUUUCUAAUCCGACCGCAUUCUAUAGAAAACUAACAUUAUUAGGAUUUUUCGAAAAGGCUUCCUGCGUAGAUUACUUUUGCCAUUGAAUAGAGAUUAACAUUUCAAAUAGACAUAUGUUAGAAUAUUAUAUAGAGAAACGCUCUUUGUACUCAUCUAUCAAAAAAAAAUUUAUAGGAAAGUUCUAGUGAACUCUGAUAUAACGUACUUCAUCAGAAACUUGAAAAAAUUUAAAGACGCAGCGCUGAAGAAAAACCAUCUCUAAAAUGAGCAAUUCUUAGCGAAUUGUUAGUUUUUAAAAUGUUCCUUUCUUGGCCUGUCUUUUCAAAAAUGUCGCUCUAACAUAAGCAAUAUCAAAUCCUCAAAACAAUCGAUUUUAUCAGAAACUUGAAAAAAAUUUAAAGGCGCAGGGCUGAAAUCAAUAAAAGGUUCUGGCUCCGCCCUGCGCCUUUAAAAGCUUAUUUAUUUUUCAUCUCUAUGUUCAGUAAUAGUAACGGAAGGUCCAGAAAACUGAGCUUCUCCCAGAAAAAAUACCGAAAAAAUGAGAGAAAAACCAUCACUAACAUGAGCAAUGCUUAGUAAAUUAUCUUCAUUUUCAAAAAUUCCAAGUACUUUUUGAAAAUUCCCUCUAACAUGAGCAAUAACCCCCCAGCCACGCCCACUCCUCCUCCUGACAUCAUCUUAAAUCAAUCGAUUUCAUCAGAAACUCGGAAAAAAAGUUUAAAGGCGCAGGGCUGAAAUCAAAAAAACGGUCCUGGCUCCGCCCUGCGCCUUUAAAAAUUUCGUGUUCAUUUAUAUAUUUUUUUUAUAUACCACAAGGUCCAGAAAAAUGACAUUACUGAGAAAUUCAAAGAAAAACCAUCUCUAAAGUGAGCAAUGAUCAGUAACUUAUUAUUUUUCCAAAUAUACCGUUCUUUCUCAAAAACGUUCCUCUAACAUGAGCAAUAUUCCCAAAGCCCCGCCCACUCCGUCUCAUGACAUCAUCUCAAACUCGUACAGCACUCGAAUGCUCCAAGAAACUGGAAAGGAAUUUCAAAGGGGCGGAGCCUAGGCCGAGCUCCGACUCCGCCCACUUUUCGGCUCACUCCUUUUUGGGAUCUCCUUCGAUCACGCGACUUAUUAUCUUCAUCUAUACUUUUAAUUCGUUCCUGAUACUCUAAACUCAUCGUCAAGUUCUUCUGAAUUCCUACAACGUCAUCUGAAACCAGACUUCUGAAUCCAGAUGUCGUUGGUCGACCGACGGCACGCCGUUCUGUGGCUCGCCGUCUUCUGCCUCUUCUCAGCCGCCUCAGCACAGCCUUUUUGUGAGUUAUCGAUUGAUUGAUUAGAUGAAGUCAUCAUGGUGAUAAUAUGACGUCAUUAUUGCGAUAUGAUGACGUCAUUAUGCCAAUUUGAUGACGUCACCAUCAAAUUUUCGUUUAUUUGUUCAGAGAUAUUGUACUUGAGCUUCUCUCUAACUCCUCCUCCAUUUGGAACUCGAAUGGGAACUUUAUUAUGACGUCACCAUCUUAAGAAAAUGACGUCAUCUUGAACUUUUUCGUAGGAUCUCCUUAUGAAGCAAAUUUGAGCCAAAAAAUUUAUAAUGACGUCAUUCUAGGACUGUUUUCAUGACAUCAUUCAAAAAACUGUUUUCAUGACGUCAUUAAAAAACUUUUUUCAUGACGUCAUUGAGAAAACUUUUUUUAUGACGUCAUUACGUUCCUUCACAAAACAUCCUUAUCAUUUUCCACAUUUCCAGUUACAUUUUUCAUUUUUCUCAACCCUCUCCUUUCCACACACUCUCUCUACAGUCUUCAAUUUAUGACGUCAUCUUCUCGCCUCUGAUGACGUCAUCAUAAUUUUUCAUCAGCUUCGGUAAUGAUAUAACACAUCAAAACACCUUUUCUUCCUUUCCGAAUCAUUUUUUUGAUCCGUGAGAAUCUAGAUUCUCAUUUUCCCAUCUGACGUUUACAUCACAGUUUUGAUGACGUCACUUCUCUUGAAGACGUCAAGUUGAUCUUUCUGUUUCUGUCAUGAUCUUUCAACUCAACUUUCUCAAAAUUUUUUUCACCAUUUCUCCGGAAAUUUUCAAAAAUGACGUCAUCAUUUUCCUCCAGAUCGUUUUUAAGCUUCAAACUGAGUUCAAAAAAAAAAUUUUUACUUUUCUCUUCGUAAUUCGAACCCCAAUAGUCAGGCUACAUUUGGAAUGGCUCAAAUAUGUUGAUUUAAGACGCGCCCGACCUGAAACGGCUUACGCGCUGGUGUAUUAGAAAGCAAAAGAGCGAACCAUUUUCGCUACAAGUUUGCCAAGAUUUGAGCCAUUCCAAGUGCGACCAGAAAUUCUCAAUUUGAAGAAAGAUGACGUCAUUUUUUUAAAUCAUUUUCAGUGUCAUUAUAACAAUCAAAAGUGACGUCAUAAAAUUUGAAAAAUAUUUUGAUUAUUUCACACUGUACUAGAGUAUCAUGGCAAUGGUGAACCUUGAUUUUAUAACGUAUUUUUGGAUUCUAAUGACGCCAUUUUUAAUAUUAUGAAUGACGUCACGAACUUGAUAUUUUUCCUGCACUCGGGGAUCAUGUCGAAAGUGAUCUCGAACUUUUUUUUGUCCAAAAUCCAAUUUUUCAACCCAUAGAUCAUUUUUUUUCUCAUAGUUUCGUGACAAUUAAAUCGAAAGGUGAUGUCAUUCGCACCUGGGCUCCAAAAAAAUCUCCAAAUCGAGUUUAAUUAUCGGGUUGAGUCAGUGGAAAAAAAAAAUGUUCUAAAAACUUUUUAAGUGGGCGUUUUUUUCAUAUAGACAGAUGACAUUUGAACUUACUCAAAAUGUCAGAAAAUUACAGAUAAUUGUAGAUUUCAAAACAAAAAUUGUUUUCCUAAAGGCAAUUCAUUUCACAGAGUAGUUUGAACUGAAGAAAAAUGAAUACUGAAAUUUUUAAAGUGAAAAAUGGGCAAAAAUCGAUUAAUAUUAAUGGCAAAAAAAGUCUCGCUGUUGAGCGGACUCGAACCCUUGACCUCUCGAGUAGCGUUCCAAGCACUUCUUACCAUCCUCUAGCUUCAAUUAAUUUAAUUGUAAAGUGGAAAACAUCUUAUAUGGACAAAAAUGAAGUAAAUACGAUAAUGGCAAAAAAUCUAUAACGCGAGGAGGAGUCGAUCUCGCGACCCUUUGAUUUUCAGCUUAGGUCCCUACCAGCUGAGCUAACGACCAUUCAUUUUUUUUUCAAUCCACCUUUUUGAAUAAAAAAUACCUCUGAAACCGUAAAUCGUUUUUUUUUUCAUCUUGAUGCUCAAAAAACCUCUCCAAAACUCGAUCCCUCGACCCAUCCCACCUCAGUUCCACUCUUAACCAUCUGAGCCGCCUUUUUACUCUUAUUUUUUCAAUUUCUAUCAAUGAUUUUUCUACAGACCGACUACAGCGGAUAGCACGGCUACAGUACCCCUCAGAAGCGAUUUUCUACCGUAAUCUACGUUCAGACGACGACGAGGAAGACAAGUGA